AUGACUGCGACAUCUGCCAACCCUCCCGCCGCCACCAAUGGUGUGAACGGCACCCAGGGCGGCCUGUCCGCCAACGACAACAUCCGCCGCUUUGCUGCUCCUAGCAGACCGCUGAGCCCUCUCCCAGCUCAUGCCCUCUUCAACAACAAGACCAGAUGCUUCGUCUACGGCAUGCAGCCCCGUGCUGUGCAGGGCAUGCUUGACUUCGACUUCAUCUGCAAGCGUACGACCCCCUCCGUCGCCGGCAUCAUCUACACCUUCGGUGGUCAGUUCGUCAGCAAGAUGUACUGGGGAACCAGCGAGACUCUGCUGCCAGUCUACCAGGAGGUGUCCAAGGCUGUCGCCAAGCACCCCGACGUCGAUGUCGUCGUCAACUUUGCUUCUUCCCGAAGUGUCUACAGCUCCACCAUGGAGCUGAUGGAGAAUCCUCAGAUCAAGACGAUUGCCAUCAUCGCUGAGGGUGUUCCAGAACGACGUGCCCGAGAGAUCGCCCAUGUUGCUCAGAAGAAGGGUGUGACCAUCAUCGGACCCGCUACCGUUGGUGGCAUCAAGCCCGGCUGCUUUAAGAUCGGUAACACUGGUGGUAUGAUGGACAACAUCGUUGCCUCUAAGCUGUACCGAAAGGGCUCCGUCGGAUACGUCUCCAAGUCCGGCGGUAUGUCUAACGAGUUGAACAACAUCGUUUCGCAAACAACCGAUGGCGUGUAUGAGGGUGUUGCCAUUGGUGGUGACAGAUAUCCAGGAACCACUUUCAUUGACCACAUGCUGAGAUACCAGGCGGAUCCUGAGUGCAAGAUCCUCCUGCUCCUCGGUGAGGUUGGUGGUGUAGAGGAAUACAAGGUCAUUGAUGCUGUUAAGCAAGGCAUCAUUACCAAGCCCAUUGUCGCAUGGGCUAUCGGUACUUGCGCAAGCAUGUUCAAGACCGAGGUUCAGUUCGGCCACGCUGGCGCCUUUGCCAACUCUCAGCUUGAGACUGCGGCGAUGAAGAACAAGAUGAUGAGGGAAGCUGGCUUCUAUGUUCCUACCACAUUCGAGGACAUGCCUGCCCUCCUGAAGCAGGUCUACGAGAAGCUCGUUAAGGAGGGCACUAUCAAGCCGCAGCCUGAGCCUAUGGUGCCCAAGAUCCCCAUUGACUACUCAUGGGCGCAAGAGCUGGGUCUUAUCCGAAAGCCUGCUGCCUUCAUAUCCACAAUCUCCGAUGACCGUGGUCAGGAGCUGCUGUACGCUGGAAUGCCCAUCUCCGACGUCUUCAGGGAGGAGAUUGGCAUUGGUGGUGUCAUGUCUCUUCUGUGGUUCCGUCGCCGUCUGCCCGACUAUGCCUCUAAGUUCUUGGAGAUGGUUCUCAUGCUUACUGCCGACCACGGUCCGGCCGUGUCAGGUGCCAUGAACACCAUCAUCACCACCCGUGCUGGCAAGGACCUCAUCAGCGCAUUGGUCAGUGGUCUCCUGACCAUUGGUUCUCGUUUCGGUGGUGCUCUUGAUGGUGCCGCCGAGGAGUUCACCAAGGCCUUUGACAAGGGUCUAAGCCCGCGUGAGUUCGUCGACAGCAUGCGCAAGGCGAACAAGUUGAUCCCGGGUAUUGGUCACCGUGUCAAGUCAAGGAACAACCCCGAUCUGCGUGUCGAGCUCGUGAAGGAGUUUGUCAAGGCCAAGUUCCCUAGCCACAAGAUGCUUGACUACGCCCUGGCAGUUGAGACCGUCACCACGUCCAAGAAGGACAACCUCAUCCUCAACGUCGACGGCUGCGUGGCUGUCUGCUUCGUUGACCUGCUCCGCAACUGCGGUGCCUUCAGUGCCGAGGAGGCCGAGGACUACCUCGCCAUGGGUGUUCUGAAUGGUCUGUUCGUCCUGGGUCGUAGCAUUGGUCUGAUUGCCCAUUACCUCGACCAGAAGAGAUUGCGCACUGGUCUGUACCGUCAUCCUUGGGAUGAUAUCACCUAUCUGCUGCCCUCGCUGCAGCAGGUUGGCCCACCGGGCGGUGAGGGCCGUGUUGAGGUGCAGAUGUGA